CUCAGCACAAUUUUUGUAUAGGCUCUCUUCACCUGUCAUGUCCUUGUUAACAUCGGUCCGAGUAUUGUCCACAGUUCCUCGUGCAGUUCAUCAGAAUGCUGUGCGUUCUUUUGCAUCGCAUGCUCAGAAUGGAGAAUCAGCAACUUCAAAGAAAGUAGUGUUGGACUUGCCGACUCCUGAAGCGGAAAAAGCCGAAUUAAACGAGAUUUAUCAAGCGCCUGAACGUGUUGAACCAACACACAACAUCCCCGUCUGCAACUUACAAAUGAGAGGUUAUUUACCUCAACAGCUCGAUUUUUAUUGUGAUUUUGCUCGUCGUGCUGCAUUCCAUCUCGGUAUGCCCUGCAGUGGCACCAUUCCUCUGCCAACUCAAACCUCGCGCUGGACCGUCAUCAAGUCUCCCUUUGUUCACAAGAAAUCGCAAGAAAAUUUUGAACGAAAAACCCACAAACGCUUGCUUCAGAUCAAAGACACACAUCCUGAAGUCGUCGAUCGAUGGCUCCGAUACCUGACCAUGAAUGCUCCGGCCGGUAUUGGAUUGCGUGCCACCAAAUUCGAAUUCGAAAAGCUUAAUACUACCAAGGCGACGGUUUCCAAGGCCGACCAACAGUAAUAAAAGCAUGAAUAAAAAAGAAAGGAAAAGCAUAUUUUGCAUGUACACAUACGAAUAAACAGAAACCUGUAUAAUUUGAUAGAAUAUAAUGCCC